UAAAUCACGCCAUAUUACACAAUGACAUAAAACCAUGAGAGAAGUCAGCUGACAACCUCACAGACAUGUCUACCAAAACUUUAUCAAGAGAUCAAGUAUUGAAAUCAUCAAAGGGAAUCGAUUUCUUGCAUGUGACUAAGUGGAAACCCAACCAAUGUGAUUGGAGAUCCCAAAAUGUCAUUUCAAAAGGAUAACUAAGUCAAUCAUAAUUUGAUUUAAGCACCGAGAAUAAUUCAGAUCUCACUAUGAUAAACAGUGUUUCAUGUAAAUAUUUAAGGUAAAGCAAUGGAUUUUUAAUGAGAUAAAACCAUAAACCUUGGUAUAUAUGUACGUAUAGUAUAACAAGAUACUUUAUGUGUAUAUGACAUAUACUAGUGGUAUGAGUGUGAAAUUGGAACGGUUCUAGGAAGAUGAUGUUCACGCUAUACUCUCCAAGUUCACUCAUAAAAAACCAUGAAAUUUCAAAGUUAAAACGAACACAAUAAAAAACUUAAUUCUACAAGAAGAUGAAGUUGGGUUAUAUUUGUUUUUUCGGUCUACACAAACUUUAGUGGUUCAAGACAUCAUGUUCAUCUCCUGGAAAGUAAAUACAAGUACGGAUAAUGAGUGAUUUAAGGCCGAAAGAUGCUACUACUUCAGAUGCAGUCAGUUUUCGUCAUACUCUCGUCUGUUGUCUUGUUCGUUGUUAAGUCUAUUUAGUAGAGUCUAUUGAGUAUGCAUAUUCUAUUGAGUCUGCGUAUGUUUAGAGUAAUUUAUAUUCAUGUGAGGGAUUAUUGGAAGCAAAAAUUUAUAAUUUUUUGGGCUGAGUAAAAAGUUGAUUUAAUGUGAAAAGAAAUGUGGAAAUGUCUUCUAGGCUCUAAAUAAAAGUCUUUCACUUAAAUGAAAUGCAAGAGUAAAAAUUCUCACAUUGCUUACGAUAAGAGAGAUCUUAGCAGAUAUAUGACAUUCCCUUAACAUGAUUCAAUAUCUUGCGGGGACACUAUAAAGAAAGAGUGAGAUGAGCCAUUAUGCAAACCAUACACACACACAUGCCACCACCGGACCGACUAGGCUUGGGUCUUGGUGAAUGUGGGCUUUAGCCAACAAUUUUUUUGGAGCAAAUUCAUACCAUGUGUCUUUGCAUAAUUUCUUAGAUAAAACUUAACAUAUUGCGUCUAAAAAUUCUCGAUAAUUCUAAAGCGUUUAGAUUGCAUCCAGUUAAUUUUAGAAUAUUCCAGAUAAUUACCGAAAGAUUUAUGUUUACCAUUGGUGCGAUAAUUAGGAAAAAUAUUCUUUUUUUCACAUAUUCUUAUUUUGUCGAUUAAGCUUACCUUCCCAUAUAAAUAAAUGUAUCUCCUCUCCAUUGAUCACACCCUUAAUCGCACACAAAGCUUCCAGCAAAAAUCUAGUUUUAUAAUUAGUAAGCCCAGGAAAUACAACUAGUACAAAGAAAUCAUGCAUAUAUUAUGGAUGAUUUAUUGAGUUAUAAAAAUAGAUCAAAUCUCGUCUCUAUAAAAUCGUCUAUUUCCUUAACAAUCUUCUAAACGUUUUAGACAUUUAUAUUAUCGUUUUAUAUACUUUCUGUUUUCUGAUUUUCAGUUAGAAUAUUCAAGGUCCUAUAUAUUUAAAGUUUACACAAGUUUUUCCAUGUCCAACGCCAAAAUAAAUUCAUAUUUUCUCCCACCCAAACGCUCCUCUAUGUAUGUUCCUUCCCGAUUUGCUUCUUCUCUAGUGUUAUCUGGCAAUAAAAUCAUUUGAGGAUGUAAACUUCAUGAUAAAAGUUCCUUAUAAUUGUCUUUUAGUCGUCUACAAAUUUCGUCUGAAAAUACAAACUUAAGAUCAGUUAGUAUACGAGAGAAAUAUUUUAAUUUCUAAUAAAUAGUGUUUUUUUUGUACUAGUUUAGUGGUAAAGAAUAUAUGCAAUAAUGAUAAAAAAAAUGUACAACAAACCAAUGAUGGCCAAUUAAAUCAAAGAUAUGUUUUAUGCUAAUGUGUUGUUGUUGUGGAGUCAAUGAAGAAAAGAGUUUUACAUAGAUCGCAGACCCAUGAUGUUUUGUCACCCAUUACUCUUAACUUUAUAAUUGGAUCACCACUUUAUAAUUAUUAACUGCUGCCUGCUGGUACAAGUCUCUACAAUGUUCAGUUUUAAGCACUGUUCGGGAACGCGCUACACGUUAGUCAGACGGUCGGGUUGGGCCUAGCGCCUAAAGAGAAAUCGGGAAUUAAUCAGAAAUAUUGCGGGGCGGAAUUUUUAGAUUGUUUACUAUGUUAUAAAACAUGUUAAUUUUUAAUUGUGUAUAACAUUAAUACAUUUUCAUGUUUAAGAUUGUAUAAAACACACAAAUAGAAUAUAUAAAUUUAAUAUCGUGUAAUUUUCAUCAAAAUUAUGAAUAUAAAUGAUAUUUAUAAAAUUUUAGAUCAAAUUAAUAAAUAAAAAUAUUAUUAAAAAUAAAAUAAAAAAAAAUAAAAAAUAAUUAAAAAAAUAGAUUAGGCGGCCGCCUAGACGGCUAGGCGGUCAUUUAGGCAGUCUAAGCGGAGAAAAUCAGAUAUCCAAUUUUUUAAACCGAUUUGGCAUAAAUCGGGGCAGAAGAGUGACGCGUAGCGUCCAAACGGCCGCAGCCAGGUGGCCGAUUUUUAGAACAAGGAUUUUAAGAUACAAAUUUACUCUGGAUCUCAGUUAUCAAGACACGUUCAUUCGUCUAUUAAUUAUUGUCGUGCCGAAUUAGUAUUACCAAAAUCUUUUGUUAGGUGUGCUCUCAAUUCAAACUAUCCCGCACUAAUAGUGAAAGACAAAAAAUUGUAUUUCCACUAAAAAGCACGUGAAAAUUCUAAACAUGUGUACUAUUUUUAAAAAAAUAAUAAUUAAACUAUCACAUUCUUAAUACUAAUUUUCAAAGUUAAAUGGACAAUUAUAUGUUUAGGAUUAACUAAUAUUUACACUUAGAGUUUAAAUUUGAAGGUGGAGUUUUAGAGGGUGGGGUUAAGAUUUUAAAAAAUAAAUAAAUACUUAAAAGUUUAAAUGAAAAUUUUGAAAUAGUUUUAAAAAAAAAAUCGAGUUUCAAAAAAAAAAAUUGAAAAAAUAAAAAAAAUAAAAUUAUAAAAAGUUCGAACUUAGAAAUGUAUAAUUCGAAAAAUAUAAAAUAAAUAUUUAUAUUUAUAAAUUAAUAGCAAAAAUGUCUUUCACAUCUUUAAUGAAACAUCAUACUUUAGGUAUUUGUGAUAAUAUUCCUCUAGUAUAUAGUAUAGAUAAACAUGAAAAAUGGUACAAAAAUGAGAUAAAACCUGAAGUCCCCUUUUUAUUAAAGGGACUAAAAUUUGUAAACUUAUAGUACAAGAUUUCCAUAUUAUAAUUAUGAAUCGUAUAAAAUACACAUCAAAACCUCUAUAAAAUAAUAGCCGAUUUUAAUAAACACGGUUAGUUAAUAAAUUAUUUUGAAUUGACUAUAUUUAAAAUAUAACAUAAUAUAAUCAAAUAAUAAAAUCUUAAUUUUUUUUACAUAAAUAUUAUAAUUGAUAUAUACUUUUCUAAUUCACAAUAGAUUAUGUUUUAGGAAAAUUUGUUGUUUUUAAUUUAUAUUAUAUUUUUAAUUUUGUAAAAAAUAGUACUUUUACCUAUUUAUAUUAUACAUCUUUUAAUCAAUAGUUUAACUGUUAUUAUAAAGAACUUAUCAUGUUAUUUUAAGAUAUUUUCCAAACUUAAUAAAAUACUAAAUAUAAAGUUAUUAAAAAAUUAUUUUAUGUAUUGAAUUUUUUUGUAUUGUCAAUAAACUUUCAGAAGAUUAUAGUAUUCUUUUCUUAGCUUACACAAUUCUGCCUUUAUCAACAUGCACUUCCAACUUUUCUAUCCUUAGUAGCACUUCCAAAUUUAAUAAAUUUUAUUUUAGCACAAUUAAAAAUUAAUUAUUGAUCAGCUGAGAAUAAUGAUUGCAAUCUAAUAUACGAAAAUAAAUUAUUAAAACCGAUCUGAAAUUUUAUAUCUAAAAUCAUAUGUCUAAUUAUGAUAAAAGAAUUAAUUCAUUUAAGAGUUUUUUUUAUUUACUUUAUACAAAUUAUGUGUAAAUUAUUUUAUAUUUUAAAAGCAAAUACAAAAAAAAAUUAAAAAUACUGCAGUACAUUGAUUUAUUUUGUAAAUGUUUAUGCACUUGCUCCAUAAUUUUUUUUUGUAACUGAAAUUGCUCCAUAAUUGUUAGGGCCUAAAUGAUGACAUAGAGAACUAAGGGGAAUAAUCAAUUCCUAUUCAUUCCUUAAAAAUUACACCAUUUUUGAGGAACAUUUGUUGCGUAUUAUUUUUUGUUAUAAAUAUUCAUUUUCAUUCUUUUUGGUUUUUGUUUGUUUGUUUUUUUUGGAGCAACCUUUUGUUUCUGUUUUGUACUUUUGUUCCUACAUAGCCGAAUAUAACUGUGUUCGUCGUAACAAAUUAACUACGCAACCCACCAAAUGGGCUCAGAGAGAAUAUAGCCGAAUAUAAAGCCCAUUAAAUAUUUGGGCCACCUCACCGAUUAAACUUUAUUUAUCAAAGACCUAACCAAUGACUUGUUUAUCAAGUAAAAUUAAAAAAAAAAAGGAAACACGCAAGAAAAAGGAAAUCACAGAGACGGCUAUAAAAGAAGAACAUGAUCAACACAUAAAAUCAUUAACGAACGAUAAUCAGAGAUUGCUUUUAGAAGCGUGCGUUUGGUAAGCCCUUUUGAUUUCUCUUAUUCCUCUCGAACUAUAAGAUAUGGCAGAACUUGAAGAUUCUUUCCUCGCAGAGAUUGACGAGUUAUCCGACUAUGAAGAAGCAGGACUCGAAGAGAACGCUGGAAACUAUGAAGUCGCCAUGGACAUGUCAGACUUUGAAACCCUAAAGUCUGACGAUGAUCUCGACACCGUUUCUAAGCUACAGAAAACUCAGAGAUACGCUGACAUAAUCCACAAAGUGGAAGACGCUCUCAGCAAGGAUUCAUAUCUAACUAUGUCAGAAGACGAUCCUCUAUACAAACUAAUCGUGGACUGCAACCAGCUCUCAGUCGAUAUAGAGAACGAGAUAGUCACCGUCCACGGCUUUAUCCGUUUCAAGUACAGACUUAGGUUUCCAGAGCUCGAGUCGCUUGUGCAUCACGCAAUCGAGUACGCUAGCGUCGUGAAACAGAUAGGGGACGAGAAGGAUCUAACCCUAGUUCCUCUCAAAGGUCUCUCAGCGAGUACCAUCAUCUCUUUUUUACUCACUGCUUCGACCACAAAGGGGAAGCCUCUCCCAGAUAAUGUCCUGCAAAAGACUCUUGAGGCGUGUGAUCGAGCUACUGAGCUUGAUUCCGCGCUGAAGAAGAUUCUUGGAUUCGUUGAAACCAAGAUGGGAUGCAUCGCACCGAAUCUCUCAGCCAUUGUGGGGAGUUCUGUUGCGGCUAAGCUCAUGGCGACUGCUGGAGGUUUAUCUGGGCUCGCUAAGAUGCCUUCUUGUAACGUUCAAGUUCUAGGUCAGAAGAGGAAGAAUCUCUCUACUGCGACUUCGCAGUCCCGUGUGGGUUAUCUGGAGCAGACUGAGAUCUUCCAAAGCACUCCUCCUGGACUUAGGAAGCAAGCUAUCAAACUCUUGGCCGGAAAGUCUACUUUAGCAGCAAGAGUCGAUGCUUGUAGAGGAGACCCGUUGGGGACAAAUGGUAAAGCUCUGAGGGAAGAGAUUCAAAACAAGAUUGACAAGCUGCAAGAGUAAUAAAUAUUCGUUUAAUGAACUGUAGAACAAAAACAUUUCUUAUCAAAAUUGAUAUGGAACAAAAGUAAUAAAUAUUUAUUUUCAUUCAUUUUGUUUUGUUCCUAUCUAUUUUUUCUUACUCAUUUUUAUUUUUAUUUUAAUGGUUACCGGUUAGAGCCGAUGAUGAUAGAUGAUUAUAAAGAAACCAUACAUUAACUUUUGUCUUAAGAUACCUACGAUAUACAAACACUAUCAUUGUUAUACUUCCCAAAUAAAUCAUUAGUAUAAUGAAACUUCGUUCGACCCAUAAUUGUUUUAGAUUUGAAGAUAGUUUUUGACAGGGGCGAAUCUAGACAUAAAAUUUACUGUGUGCAUCAAGUGUAUAAAAUAAAUUAGUGGGUGCAAUAAAGAGAGUUUUCUAUCUUAUCUAAUAUUUUCUACCAUUUUACCUUACAAAAUAAACAAAAUUGAAAAAAUAGGGGGUGCACAUGCACCCAGUGUGCUGGCUGUAGCUUCGCCCCUGGUUUUUUAUAUAUAUUUGUGACGGAUAUAUAAAACAACAAACACAAAUGUACAACGAUGGGUUUCACGCUAGUUCCACAUAUGACAUAUCCUAUCUACACACACACACACACACACAAAAAAAACCCAAAAGAUUACAUCACGAGACAUAUAUGUGUAGUGUGUAUAUGUAUAUGGGAGUAUACUUUUUUUUCUUUCAUACCUUUAUUCGCUAUAUUCAUAUUUUAUCAAAGUAUAUGUGUAGUGUGUUUAUUUUCUUUUAUUUGAAAACAUGAUUAGCUUUAUUACUAACGGCCACAUAUCAUGUUCCAAAUGCACCCGGCUGCCAAAGAAAUCUCCCAAUUAAACGCAUUUGAAAGGUCACCGUAGCAAAAAAAAUUAAGGUGGUGAUUUUUUUACCCAAAAACGAAGUGGUGAAAAUGAGAAAUUUGAUGUUUAAUUAUGUUUAAUUUGUUUAAACCGAAUUAGCACGAUCCAAAACUUGCAGUUAUCAGAAUUUCAAGUUUAGAAUCAAAUUUUUCUGUAAAAGAUUUGCUAUAUCUAAAUAAAAUCUACAAAAUAACUAAUAAAACCGUGAAACUGUGAAGAAUACAAAUCGUGGCAGAAUAUUAGAUUAGUUAAAUUCGUAGAUGUGAGGUGG